AUGUUCGAUUCUGAAAAUUUAAAUCAAAAAAUCUCCAAGGCAAGGGUUUCUUUGUCUGGAUUAACGUGCGCUAGUUGCGUUCGAUCUAUUGAAGGCGCAUUGAGAAAUCUUCCUGGUUUAAUUCCUUCUUCAAUUAACGUAAAUUUAUUAACGAGUAAUGCAAUACUUAACUUUGACGAAAAUAAAUUAAGUAUUGAAAAAAUUGAACAAGCUAUAUUAGGCGCAGGUUAUGGAGUUGAAGAUAUUAAAGUUGAAACAGGAUCGCUUCCCAUACCAAAAAGAGCUAUCACCAUAAAUUCAAAUAAAAAGAAUGAUUAUAAAAUUCCUUUUGAAAACUUAGAUUCUUCAACUCAAGACGAAAAUUCAAUUCGCGAGGUAACAACAAAAUUAAUUGUUGGUGGUAUGACGUGUGCCUCUUGUGUAAACACUAUACAAUAUUCUCUUGAAUCAUUGCCAGGCGUAGAAUACGCUCAUAUUAAUUUGCUUACAAACGAGGCAAAUAUCAAACACGAUUUAAAUCAAGUCGGAAUACGCGAUCUUAUUAAAAAGGUUGAAGAUAUUGGGUAUGAGGCGGAUCUAUUUAAGAAGGAUCAAACUAAUAAUGGAAAUUCAAUUCGACAUCGUGCAGAAAAAGAACAAAAGCUUUAUCGCAAUCGAUUCCUUUGUUCUUUGCUUUUCGCUAUUCCAACUUUUAUCAUUGAAAUGAUAUUUAAAAUGUUUCUGGCACAUGAUAAUCUUAUCAAAGAAGUUUUCAUGCAUCAAUUGAUUCCUGGACUUGAAGUUGGAACUUUAAUUUUAUUCAUUUUCGCAACUCCUGUUCAAUUUAUUCUUGGCUAUCCGUUUUAUAUAAAAGGUUUUCGUUCUAUUUGGUACUCUCAUCAAGCAAAUAUGGAUACUUUGGUUGCAAUUGGUACAACUGUUGCAUACUUUAGUUCUAUUUUGAAUGUUAUAAUUCCAAUUAUGCAUGGAGACGACAAUCCGGGCCAUCAAUUCUUUGAGACUACAAUAUUUCUUAUCACUUUUAUUUGGCUUGGAAGAUGGAUGGAAGCUAAAGUAAAAGGCAAAACUUUUGAAACUAUAACUAAACUUAUGGAAUUACAACCAGAAAAGGCAACUCUUAUCACAAUUAUAUAUGAUGAUAACAAUAAUGAAAACUUUGUCGAAAAGGAAAUUGAUUUAGAACUUGUCCAAGUUGGAGAUAUCCUCAAAGUGAAUCCUGGAGCAAGGAUCCCAUGUGACGGCAAAAUUUUCAACGGUGUCACAACAUUGGACGAAUCAAUGUUAACAGGUGAAUCUAUACCUGUGACGAAAUAUGUUGGUGACGAUGUGAUAAGCGCAACAGUAAAUUUAUCAUCAAUGAUUUGGAUAAAAGCCACACGCGUUGGAUCGGAUACUACACUUUCACGUAUUAUACAAUUAGUUCAAGAAGCUCAAUCAAGUAAAAAAGCGCCAAUUGAAGCAUUAGCCGAUAAAAUUGCACAAAUUUUCGUUCCAGUUGUUAUUACUAUAGCGAUCAUUGAUUUCAUUAUAUGGAUCUCUCUUGGUAUCUCUGAUAGAAUUCCAAGUGAUUGGAUUCCAGAAAAUCAAGGCUAUCAAACAUUUUCUUUAUUUUUCGCUAUUUCAGUAUUGGUUAUUGCAUGCCCUUGUGCUAUGGGCUUAGCUUCUCCUACCGCAAUCAUGGUUGGAACUGGUCUUGCUGCUCGAUUUGGUAUCUUAAUUAAAGGUGGUGGUGAAGCUAUUGAAAUGGCUUUUAAACUUGAUACCAUCGCAUUCGAUAAAACUGGAACAUUAACUUAUGGAAAACCAAAGGUCGUUGAUACAAAAAUUUUAUAUGAGGAAAAUUCAAAUUCAAAAAGAGAAGCACGUGAAAAAAAGUUGUUGCAGAUCAUUGGAGUGGUUGAAUCUUCAAGUGAUCAUCCAUUGGCUAAAGCGGUUAGUCAAUACAUUGAGGAUUCAGAGAAAACGUCUACAUCAAGUAAUAUCACGUUGGAAAGCGUAACUGAAACCCCCGGUAGAGGUCUUCAAGCCAUUGUGAGAAUUAAUAAUGCGGAAACACUUGACUUAUUACCAAAUGAAAAACCUAGCUCGACUUAUAAUGUAUUUAUUGGUAACGUCAAAUGGCUUCAAGAAAAUGGUUGCGUUUAUCCAUCUAAUGUUUCUAAAAAUAAGGCUUCUUCAACUCUUCGAAGUUGGCAAGAAUCUGGUUACUCAAUAGUUCUUAUUGGAUUAUCAUCUCAAUCUUCUAAUGGUUAUAUUCUUGCGCAAAUGGGAAUAGCUGAUACACCAAGACCUGAUGCCGCCAAAACUGUUUCCGAAUUAACUGCUCGAGGUAUUGAAGUGUGGAUGAUUACAGGAGAUAAUCCCGUUACAGCUAAAACCAUUGCAAAACAACUUGGAAUUAAUAAUGUUUUAGCAGAAGUAACUCCUGAGAUGAAAGCAGAAAAAAUUAAAUGGUUACAACGUAGAGGGAUUACUGUCAAACCUCCAAAUAAAUUUCUUCAAUUAUUUAAAAGAAAUAAUUUUCAAACAAGGAGGGCCAUAGUUGCAAUGAUUGGUGAUGGUAUUAAUGAUUCACCUGCUCUUGCACAAUCAGAUUUACCCAUAUCAAUAUCAACUGCUUCCGAUGUAGCUAUUGAAUCAGCUUCUGUUAUUUUGACAAGAUCAACUUUAACUUCUUUAAUUACAUUAGUAACACUUGCUAAAGCUAUUAUUUGGAGAAUUAGAUAUAAUUUCUUAUGGGCAUAUGUUUAUAAUUCUUUAGCUAUACCUAUUGCUGCUGGUGUUUUCUUCCCUAUAUUUAAAGUUGGUCUUAGACCCGAACUUGCUAGUCUUGCUAUGGUAGUUAGUUCCGUAAGUGUAGUUCUAAGUAGUUUAUGGUUAAAGAAAGUUAAAGAGCCAAAAUAUUAG